GCAACCCACUCCUACUACUACUAUUGCUGCAGCCAGGCCAAGAGAUAUCCUAAACUCUGAAGCUACGAAGGAGGAAAGCAAAAGGCAAUAGGACUUUCUUGCUCUUAUUUGCUUUCUUCAUUCCUCAAGCGUUUGUUGUAAAGAACCAUCUUCUCCGAUUCCAGAUCAGAUCUCUUAGAAGACAUCAGAACUGAGGCAAACAAAUACAUAGAGUGUUUGUCAUGUCGCCUCUCUAUGACUUGGAUUGGUCAUCGGUCACAUGAGAGUAGAGUCCAACGACGGAGGCAGCUACCAACCGCACAACCAAUUGCAUCAGCAAAAGAGCAAGGAAGCUUGGGAUGGUUUAAGCUGGUGUGACCGAUCUGUGUUGUUUUCUUCCUAUGCCAUCCUCCUCAUCUGCACCCUUCUUUAGGACUAGUGACAUGCAGAUGCAGCCACAGGGCUCCUCUCUGGAACAAAACUCUAAAAAGAAGAGGAAUCGGCGACCCGGCAAUCCAAGACCUGAUGCGGAGGUGGUCGCGUUAUCACCACAGACACUACUAGCAACAAACCGGUUUGUGUGCCCGGUGUGCCAGAAGGGUUUCCAGCGGGACCAAAACCUACAGCUGCACCUGCGCGGCCACAACAUGCCAUGGAAGCUGAAGCCAAAGAACCCCAAAGAGGCAUGUCGUCGCGUGUACCUGUGCCCAGAGCCAACAUGUGUGCACCACGACCCAUCUCGAGCAUUGGGUGACCUCACGGGGAUCAAGAAGCACUAUAGCCGCAAGCAUGGUGAGAAGAAUUUGAAGUGUGAUAAGUGCAAUAAGCGCUACGCCGUGGAGUCUGAUUGGAAGGCACACUGCAAGACCUGUGGCACGCGUGAGUAUCGCUGCGAAUGCGAUGCCCUCUUCUCCAGGAAGGACAGCUUCAUCACCCACCGCGCUAUGUGCGGCACCGCGCUGGCCGCGGAUCGUACUAAGACCGCCCAGAUGCCGCCGCCGUGCGCCGGCCUCUACGUCGGCAGCGAUAGCCUCGGGCUCUCCGGUGGCUUCGCAGAUGAAGGCCAGUCCUCUUCAGCAGCAGAAGCCUCGCAGAUGCACAGCUUCAUCACCCACCGCGCCAUCUGCGACGCGCUGGCUCUUAAGAGCGCGCAGAUGCCGCCCCUGGGCGCCGGCCUCUACGUCGGCACCGGCAGCAAGAGCCUAGGGCUCUCUGGCACCGCCGCCCAGAUGCAUGGCUUUGCACACCAAGCCAGCCAGUCCUCUUCAGCAGCAGCAGCUGUGCAGUUUGACCACAUCAUGCCAUCCUCUUCGGGCUCCAGCUCCAUGUUCCGCUCUCAGGCGUCGGCCUCCUCGUCAUCUUACUUCCUCGGCGGCGGCGCUCCUCCAACCGCCCAGGAUUUCUCCGAGGACUGCUCCCAGGGCAGCCACCAGGCCCCCCUGCUCCACGGCAAGGCGCCCUUCCAUGGCCUGAUGCAACUCCCCGAGCAGCACCACCAGCCGGGGCCGGGCAGCAGCAACAACGCCGCCUUCGCCAAUGGUAACAACCUCCUGAACCUUGGCUUCUUCUCAGCUGGCAACAAUGGUGGCGGCACGUUCGGCAGCCAGGACGCGCGCCUUGUCAUCCAAGACCAGUUCAACGUCACCGGCGGCGGCAGUGGAAGCACCGCAGAGCAUGGCAACCUGAUGGCGGCGUCCGUCGGAAGCCACCUCAGCGGAGGCUUCCCUUCCCUGUACAACAACUCAUCUGCAUCGGCCGCCAAGGUCCAGAACUCGGCCACGGCGCUCCUGAUGAAGGCGGCUCAGAUGGGCUCGACGUCGAGCACCACCACCCACACCGGCUCCAGCUCGCUGCUCCCUGUAGCCUGCUUCACCGGCACCGUCAGCGGCCAGGGGACUAGCAGGGCAGCAGAAGAAGGGAUGACUCAGGAGGCACACUUCCAUGAUCUCAUCAUGAACUCUCUGCCGUUAAUGGGAGGCACUGGCACCGACGGCUUCGCCGGCACUGCAGGAAUGGCGGGCGUGGACGACGGCAAUCUGAGCACGAGAGACUUCCUCGGCGUCGGCAGGGACGACGACGCGAUGGCGCCGACGGCCGGCCUCCCCAACAUGGGCGCCCUGGACCCUACCCAGAUGAAAUGGUUCAUGUGAUGGAUCAGACCGGGAAUGAACAACAAGAAUAAACGAUCAUGCACGGGAAAGGUAGCUUUCGCAUGCAUGGAACGGUAAGCUAGUGAGUGACGAUCUCAGAGAGAUCGGGUAAACUUAAACUAGUUCUGUUUUCGUGAGUUAAUUUCCGUUUUUAUAUGCUGCCAUGAUUGAUAUGGCUAGCAGGGCUGCGUGCAAAGCAGCUAAACUUGUUGGUUUCGUUUUCUCGUUACAAUUUCGUGGUGUUUUUAAGUGUGUACUGUUUUGGCUGGAGAUGGCGAUCUCCCAUGAUGUCGAGUUCAUUAUGUAGAGCCGUACCCAGACCAGAAUUUAAGCACAAUGUUUUGGACCUUUA